GAAAAAACAGCCGAUGACUCUAGUGGUGACCUCUCUGAGUUAAUCAAGAGAAGGUUGGAAAGUGUGGCCAGUACGGGCAGUUCAGCCAGCUCAGGAUUCAUAGAAGAUAAAAGUUAUAGUGAUUCUGAGGAGGAGGAAGAAGACCCUGAAGAAAUGACCAAGAAGCAGCUAACAAUGGAGGAUCUGAUUUGUUACAGUUUUCAGGUGGCAAAGGGCAUGGAGUUCCUGGCAUCAAGAAAAUGUAUUCAUCGAGAUUUGGCAGCAAGGAACAUCCUCCUGUCUGAAAAUAAUGUAGUAAAAAUCUGUGACUUUGGCCUGGCCCGUGACAUAUACAAAGAUCCAGACUACGUGCGUAAAGGAGAUGCUAGGUUACCUCUUAAAUGGAUGGCACCUGAA